GUAGCAAAUUUAAAUAAAAGGAUUAGCAUGACAUCAGCCUGCAUUUCUUUGUGAUGCAUAGACCCCGCAGUUGGGUACAUCAUCAUCAUCAUCAUGCAAAGACCGUGCGAGGAUGCGUAUUAUAGAGGAAAGAAUAAGAAAGAACGAUGCAUUUCCAUUUGUAAAAAAGAGCCAGCACCUCCUGAUUUAUUACCUGUUCUCUCAGGUCCCCUACCCCGAGCAAUCUUGCCGCCCGUGGACUUUUUCGAUGACUUUGAAAGCGCAGGACGGCGUGGAGUUCGCCCCCGGUGUGUAUCAAACGGAAAAAUCCCCCCUCCCCAUAUCGAAAUGGAAAUCUGUGAUGCAGGAUUUGAGGUACCAAAUCGACUUGUCAUGCUAGAAGGCCAAGAGCCGCAGUCGUGGUCUCGUUUGCAGGCAAUUUGUCAUGCUGUUUCCCACUCUCAGCUGCCUCCUAUCAUGCUGAAGAUGCAAGGCUCCCCCACGCCACCCAGCACUACAGUCCGCAUCUUUUCCCGUGUAGCAUGACAAAGCUGAUUUGUGACAACAAAUCUGCAUCACAGAUUUCCGUUUUGAUAUGGGGAAGGGGAUUUUUCCUUUUGAUAGUGUUUUUGCGGCCACCAGUGAGGACGUCAUGAAAACCUUCCUGGGCUGUAUCCGGAAAUUCCAGGAAAAGCACCGGCGGAGGCAAGAAGCGCGGGAACAAAAAUCAAAGGAGGCCACAGCUGCUGCUGGAGGGAGUAGCAGCACGAGGCACUGAAGAGAUGUUGUACUUGUUUACAAAAAAAGUUGAUGAAGGUCUAUCUAAUCUAAAACCUGAACUUGUACACAGCACACGGUGAUUUUCGCUGACUCAAGCGGAAGGAGCCACAGGCGAUUUCAUUUUGUCACGACGUGUAGAAAAAAAAAAUCAUGAUGCAGCAGAUGUAGUGCAGUAAAAUUUGAUUUGAAAUAAAGGUAGAAAUUAUACGACGAGCAUUAUCAAGGUUACAUAUGUCGAAGUUUCAGUCAUCAAAGCGGGUCUAUUCUCGCACAUUGUAUGAAGAGUGCAAAACUCAGUAUAAGAAUAAAGCGAAGCAGUCCACUCCUGCUAUCUCAUGAAAAAGACCAAAUAUGAAGAUCAUGCUUUCGUCAAAUAGUAAGAAGUACUCCAGUUUUAUUGUAAAAUCGUAUUCGUAUGUCAGAGUGAGAAGUAGAACACUAAAGUAAGAGCGUAGGAGGUAUGGUCGUGAGGAUCUAUGAAGGCAAGCAGGUAGUAACCUAAAAUGAAGUAUGCAGCGUGAGGCAACAGGCAGAGGUAGUCAUCUCUCUUGUCCUAGCAGGAGUUUGCGAAAAAAUUCGAGGUUGUUUUCAACUCCUCCUGAAUUUGCUUGUCAUGGAUCUUCACCUUUUUGUGCUAAGAUAAAUAUCCAGAAAUGUUGAAAAAUGGAGAAUACACUGACGUCGACAAGAAUUGCGUGUCAGAGUCAGUUCAUUGAAUUGAUUGUCGUGGUUGUUAAAGAAAUGACUGAAAUUUUCUUUUCUUUACCGCAUAGAAGUACGUAGCAAUGGUGCACGAAACGACGGAGCGCGAGUGGAACCCCUUGUAGGUACAUGUUUCAGAAACACAUUGAAAUAUCAGAAAUGUGUUCCAGCAGGAGCUGAGACGAAAAUGAAAGUGAGCAUUGAACCCUGUGCUGCAGGCAGAGAAACUGGAGCCGCCGGUUUCCGUUUUUUGAUGACAAGAGAAAAAUUC